GUGGUUUGGGCAAAUAGCAGGGUUCCAAGAAUAAUCUCUUCCCCAAGUUCAUGGCAAGCAAAUACUUAGACUUCUUAAUGGAAGAAGAGUGACCUCUUUUUUUAAAAAAAAGAUAGACGGGUGAUUAAUCUUUAACAGGACAGGAGGCAAUUAACUGUUGUGCGAAAGACCUUUCCAAAAAUUCUUGGAUCCCUGAAUAGUUCACAUUUUAGUAUUAGUAAAACAAAAUAUUGUUGCAGUCUACCGUUCGUUGUGACAGAGUACUCUUCUAUUUAUUUAAUUUAGCAACUUUGAUAUAAUUUUCUACAUUUCUGAAUAUUUAAUACCUAGCUUCUAGAUCUAAACAGGCAGCAAAUGUAUUUAGUUUUUCACUGGAUAUUGGUGAAACUUAAAUUAUGCAUGCAGUAGCACUGGCUUCACAAAUCUAUAUAUACAAAAAAUUAAGUAAUGUAGCAGUUGAACUCAUGGUGUAACUGGUGUGAUAACUACAAUAAACAUAACAGCAACUACUAGUUCAUUUUGAAGUAUGUUUAGUACAGCUAUGCGGUAUGAGUUUUGAACAAGUGUUUGUAACCUUUUAAAUUUUCAUGUUUAGUUUUAUGUAAUAUUUAUUAGCUAUGUAACAUUUUGAAACAAAUCAUAAUUUGUAAUGUUAAGAAUCUUGUGUGCUAGUUUAACAUGGAUAUUUUCCAUGUAAACAGGUAUGGAAAUAGGGAAUAUUUAGGCUGGACUGGUUGGAUUAUUGAUGACUGACUUGGGAGUCGACGUUACUAAAGCAGUGUGAAUCCCUGUUUGCUUCAGGGCGAGAUGUGUGACAGAGGUGGCAUCAAGCUCUUACAGUCCCAACCCUCCAACGAAAAUGGGCGAAGAUCUCAGGACUGGCAUCGGUCACAGGAAAUCGAUAGUGGCUGGCUGCUAGCAUGGCCACUUGGGGCUUAGGCAGAGAUAUAGCCUUGGAUGAGAACAAAUUGAGCAGUGCCAAUGGCCAUGAAGAGCGCAGCAAGAAGAGAAAAAAGAGCAAGAGCAGAAGUCGUAGCCAUGACAGGAAGAGGAGUAGAAGUAAGGAGCGCAAACGAAGUCGUGAUCGUGAGAGGAAGAAGAGCAAAAGUCGGGAGAGGAAGCGCAGUAGAAGUAAAGAACGGAGACGCAGCCGUUCAAGAAGUAGAGAACGGCGAUUCAGAGGCCGUUACAGAAGCCCCUAUUCUGGUCCAAAAUUUAACAGUGCCAUCAGAGGAAAGAUUGGCUUGCCUCACAACAUUAAAAUAAGUAGACGACGAUCCAGGAGCAAAAGUCCAUUUAGAAAAGACAAGAGUCCUGUGAGAGAACCUAUUGAUAAUCUAACUCCAGAGGAGAGAGAUGCUCGAACAGUAUUCUGUAUGCAGCUUGCUGCAAGAAUUAGGCCAAGAGAUUUGGAAGAGUUUUUCUCUACUGUAGGAAAGGUCCGUGAUGUACGCAUGAUUUCAGACAGAAACUCCAGACGUUCCAAGGGAAUUGCUUAUGUGGAAUUUGUUGACGUUAGUUCAGUACCUUUGGCAAUUGGAUUAACAGGACAACGAGUUUUGGGGGUACCAAUUAUUGUACAAGCAUCUCAAGCAGAGAAAAACAGAGCAGCAGCAAUGGCUAAUAACCUACAAAAAGGAAGCGCAGGCCCCAUGAGACUGUAUGUGGGAUCAUUACACUUCAAUAUAACUGAAGAUAUGCUUCGUGGAAUCUUUGAACCUUUUGGGCGGAUUGAAAGCAUUCAGCUGAUGAUGGACAGUGAAACUGGACGUUCCAAAGGAUAUGGAUUUAUUACUUUUUCAGACUCUGAGUGUGCUAAAAAGGCCUUGGAACAACUAAAUGGGUUUGAACUAGCUGGCAGGCCAAUGAAAGUAGGUCAUGUAACUGAACGUACAGAUGCAUCCAGUGCUAGCUCGUUUUUGGACAGUGAUGAACUGGAAAGGACUGGAAUUGACUUGGGAACAACUGGCCGUCUUCAGUUGAUGGCAAGACUUGCUGAGGGUACUGGCUUGCAAAUUCCUCCAGCUGCACAGCAAGCUCUGCAGAUGAGUGGAUCAUUAGCAUUUAGCGCUGUAGCAGAUUUACAGACACGACUUUCACAGCAGAGUGAAGUGUUGGCUGCAGCUGCUUCUGUACAACCACUUGCAACACAGUGCUUCCAGCUCUCCAAUAUGUUUAAUCCUCAAACUGAAGAAGACGCUGGCUGGGAUACAGAAAUUAAGGAUGAUGUGAUUGAGGAGUGUAACAAACAUGGAGGCGUUGUCCAUAUUUAUGUAGACAAAAAUUCAGCUCAGGGUAAUGUGUAUGUCAAAUGCCCUUCAAUAGCUGCAGCAAUUGCAGCUGUCAAUGCAUUACAUGGAAGGUGGUUUGCAGGUAAAAUGAUCACAGCAGCGUACGUACCACUUCCAACAUACCACAACCUUUUCCCUGAUUCUAUGAAUGCAACCCAGCUCUUGGUUCCUGCUCGGCGAUGAAGAUGGAUUUAGUCAGUUUUGUACAUAGCUAUUUUUGAAGGAAGACUUGAGUUACCUUUUUAAUUAGAAGAAGACAAGAGGAAAGGCUGUAAAGUCCUUUCGUGUACAUUUCCUGUUACUUUUAAAUGAAAAACAAAAAAUAGAGUAAGCAGGAAUGCUGUGUGUUCAUUCUCUUGAUUAGCAUUCCCACUGUAUACAAAGCUGACUACUUGUUCUGCCUUGUAAUUCUUGUACAUUUAGAACAUUUGGCUAAAGUGAUCUGUAGGAACAGAUGUAGCUCAUAGAAAAGAUUUUUCUGUAAAAGGUGGACAGGACAUAAAUUUUAAUGUUUCACAAGCCUUUUCUUUUAAUGCAGGUAUUACAUUUUACAUUCACCUAAAUGUAGAUGCUCUGCUAAAGGUUAAUAUCAGAUUUAACUGGACAUAUUUAGUGUGUUUUGUAUGGAUCAAAAAUUUGAGAGGCUACUGAGUGAUUUCUUUGGCCAGCUGUUCUGCUCACUUAAUGUUGACCAGUUGGCAAAAUUUGGAGGAUUAUAGAAGAUUUUAUUUCUAGAUGGUAACUUUUGAUUGUCUCUGUAAAAGUUUCUUGUAAAUAAGGUGUAAGGUGUGUUUAGAAUUCCAAACAAAGCUAUCUCUGCAUUUCCAGAUUAAAGUUCCACUGAUUGCAGGGAAUGUACCUAAGUUUGAAAGUUGAAGUAGGAAAUGCAGGAAUAUAUUUUGUCUGGUUGCAUAUAAUCUGCUCUUUUUUAAGCUCUGUGAGCUCUGAAAUAUAUUUUUGGGUUACUUCAAUGUGUUUGACAAAACAGCUUGAUAUUUCUAUCAACAAAUGACUUUCAUAUUGCAAUGAUCUUUGUAAGAACCACUCAAUAAAAUUCUCCUAAAGGCC